GCCUGGGCUCGAGACCAGAACUGUUUGGACCCAACAGUCCGGGCACCGUCGGAGUCCGAGAGUCCGGUGGCCCGACUGUGGUCUAGCAUCAAGGCGGGCCCCAGAAGGAGGGGCGGGGCGUGGGAGCCUCCCCGCCCGCCCUGCAAUGUGGCACCUGCUGGUCCUGCCGCUGCUGCUGUUCUCCGCCUGGGUGCCCCCAUCCACUGCCGCCCCGAUCCGUGAUACUGACGUCCAGGACAGCUCCUCCGGUUUUCUAGGCCUCCAGAGCCUACUCCAAGACUUCACUCGGCUUUUCCUAAAAGAUGACCUGCUGCGCGGCAUAGACAGCUUCUUCUCUUCCCCGGUGGACUUCCGGGGCCUCCCCAAAAACUACCACCAAGAAGAGAACAAGGAACGUAGGAUGGGGAACAAGACGCUCUCCAGCCACAUCCAGCUUGACAAGGUGACAGACAACAAGACAGGAGAGGUACUGAUCUCCGAGAAGGUGGUGGCAUCGAUCGACCCAGGAGAGGGCAAUUUGGAGGGUGACUGGAAGGUGCCCAGGGUAGAAGAGAAGGAGGUCCUGGUGCCCAUGCAGGAGGCCAUGAACAGCUUCCACCCGGAGCCCCGCCCCAGAGCGGCCUUCUGGAUCAUGAAGCUCCCUAGGCGGAGGUCCCACCAGGACAACCCUGAGGGCGGCGGCCUCAGCGAGAAGCGACACCGCCUGCAGGCCAUCCGGGAUGGGCUCCUUGAAGGGGCCCGAGAGGAUGUUCCGGAUGAGGAGACCCCGGGCUCCUCCCGCACCAAGCUGCCAGCCCCUCGCAAGACUCACUUCCUGUUCAUCCUGAGGCCCUCCCAGAAGCUAUAGAGCCGGGGGCCACGAGACGUCUGCGCACGUCCCUCCCAGCCCCAAGCAACAUAUAGAAAUAAAGUUUUUUCUUACAUCUAGAAGCACCAUCGCU